AUGGCUUCAGACCACCAAGCAUCAAAGCAAGCCACCUCCAAGAUUGUGGUCUUCGAACAGGAAAACUUCCAGGGCCGCUGCCAUGAGCUGAACGCUGCUUGUCCCAAUUUGAAGGAUGCCGGUCUGGAGAAAGUGGGCUCCAUCCUGGUGCAUUCAGGCCCGUGGGUCGGAUACGAGCAGGUGAACUGCAAAGGGGAGCAGUUUGUGUUUGAGAAAGGGGAAUAUCCCCGCUGGGAUUCUUGGACCAACAGCCGGAGAAGCGACAGCAUCUCUGCCUUGAGACCCAUCAAAGUGGACAGCCAGGAGCAUAAGAUUGUCCUCUACGAGAACCCCAGCUUCACCGGCAAGAAGAUAGAGAUCAUUGACGACGACGUGCCCAGUUUCCACGCUCAUGGCUACCAGGAGAAAGUGUCUUCUGUGCGGGUGCAGAGCGGCACGUGGGUCGGCUACCAGUAUCCUGGCUACCGUGGCUACCAGUACCUGUUUGAAAAGGGGGAUUACAAGGACAGCGCCGACUUCGGAGCCCAGCAGCCCCAGAUCCAGUCGGUGCGACGUGUCCGGGACAUGCAAUGGCAUCAGCGGGGCGCAUUCCAUCCUGCCAGCUAA